AUUGUUUUUCAUCUCAGCACCAGGUUCAGUUGAAAGACUUCAGGUGAGUCACUGAGGAUUCUGACAACAGGAGAAAUCUGUUAAUUCUGGGUUCAGCAACAAUGUCCUCCAGGCCCAAAGGGAGUCCACCUCCCUACGAGGAUAAUGGAUAUAACAUCCCACCCCAGCCAGCAUAUUCCUAUUACCCAGACGAUGAGUUUCAGCAUUUCUACCGCUGGACGUCUCCACCAGGCAUUCUCAAAAUCAUGGCCAUCAUAGUUAUUGUGCUGUGCGUGGGCAUAUUUGCUUGUGUUGCGUCCACAUUAGCGUGGGACACCCAGGCGGGGCUGACUGGCUUUGCUGGCAUUGGUGGAGGCUAUGGGGGGACCUAUGGGGGGAGCUAUGGGGGGUAUGACGGCGCAUAUGGAGCUGGAAACAACUAUGGUUACGGCGGAAUUGGAGGCAACUACAACGACCCUCGGAAGGCGAAGGGUUUUAUUAUUGCUAUGGCAGGCAUCACCUUCAUCUUCACCCUGGUCAUCUUCAUCAUCGUUGUGUCUCACCAAAGCCUUUCCGAGAGCCGGAGGUUCUACCUUGCAGUGUUGAUUAUAUGUGCCAUUCUAGCAUUGCUAAUGCUAAUCGCCUCCAUGGUGUACUUGAUGGCAGUGAACCCUAUGGCCCAGUCUACUGGGUCAGUCUACGGCAACCAGAUCGCCGGCCUGUGCGCCCAGUAUCAGCAACCGCAACCUUCAGGAGUGUUUAUCAAUCAGUACCUCUACCACUACUGUGUCGUGGAGCCUCAGGAGGCCAUCGCUGUGGUGUUUGGUUUCCUCGUUGCUGCAGCGCUGAUCAUCAUGCUCGUCUUUGCUCUGAAGACGCGACAGAAGAUCAACAGCUAUGGCAAAAGCAACAUUUUGUGGAAGCGGGUGAAGGUCAUUGACGACGUGACCCCUCCUCAGGACGUAGAAGCAUGGGUGAACAACGUGUCGGUCCCUCCUGAGGCUGUUCCUAUGUCUGGUUCCAGGAGUCACCUAGAUGACACGAGCACCAACUACGACAAACCUCCCUACAGCUACACACCAGAGCCUGUAGUUGAAGAAGAGCGCCCUCUGCAGAAUGGUGCUCCAUACAGCAAUAACUCAGAAGAAACCAGCUCUGCUGGGCGACCUAAAAAGAGACGCCCCGGUCGAGCACGUCGGGCUGAUGGUCAGGACUACGACACCGACUACGCCUCCUCUGGGGACGAGCUGGACGACACAGACUUUGACACUGAGUUUCCUCCCAUUGCAAAUGAGCAGGAGCGCAACGACUACAAGCAUGAAUUUGACCGUGACCACCAGGAGUACAAAGACCUGCAGGCGGAGCUCGAUGGCAUCAACAAGAACUUGGCCGACGUGGACCGAGAGCUGGAUGAGCUGCAGGAGGGCAGCCCGCAGUACCUGGAUGCUCUGGAUGAGUAUCACAGGAUAACGAAAAUAAAAAAGUCUGCAGAUUAUCAGGUGAAGAAGCACAGGUGUAAAUAUCUGAAGGGCAAACUGUCGCACAUCAAGAAGAUGGUCAGUGAUUUUGACCGCAGAGCCUGAAGAACUGGCUGAGGAUCCCACGUCGGGACUGACUUGCGUUUUCAGGAUGAGGAAGCUCUUGGAACAGAUGGAGCUCUUCUACACUUAGUGCAUGAAGUGGUCAGUCAUCGCAAAGCUUGUUUUAUACUUCGGAAGCACACGGUGUCCAUUGUGUAUAAAGCUGUUGUUUGUAUCGAGUGUCAGAAGCCUACAAUGCUGUAAUCUGUAUUUAUUUUUCCAAAUGUGAGCUAGUGGAGUUCUGCUGCUUGACUGGAAUGAAUAAUAACACAUAAUCCAUCCCAAGCUUUACUCAUUUUGACUUUCACCCAGCUUCAGAUUCUUUUUUUUUUUAACUCAUUGUCAUUUUUAAAGUCGAUAUAAAUGUGUAAAUAUGUGGGAACUGUUUUAAACAUCCUUUUUACAGUCUGAUUAUGGUGCAUUUAUCAACAUUAGAACAAAGACACAUAAAUCAGUAGAAAUGUUUCAUGAUGUACUUUUACAAGUAUUUCUUAUGCUUUUACUGUAUUAAAUUCAUUUAUUAAACAUU